AAAUUCAAAGAAUUUUCCGAUGACUUGUAACUCUAAGCGAAAGUAGGAAUAAUGUCAACGGAAAUGUCCCUUGUACGUCUAAAUUUAGAAGAUAGUUUGGAUAUUAAAGAAGAUAAACUCUUGUCUUUUCUGAAUAAUAAUCUAUGUAACUAUGUGGAUAAAAUUAUAGACUGUGUUGAACCAUUGAGUUCAACUAUUCUUUUGAAACUUGACCGUAAUUCUAUAUUAUCUGCUAGCAAUGUGUACCGAUAAAUUAUACCAUAAAGGUAUAAAAAUACAAUACAUACAUAUAUGAUUUUAGAUUUAGAGAAACUAUUACGACCAAACGAACAUAUUUUAUUGAAAACACCUGAUGAAAGAACAAUUAAAGUAUUAGAUGCUUCCCUUCUAAAACCAGGUUCGAAUUGGGAAAGACACUUUGAUCCCCAAAUGAAGGAGGCUGAUAUCAAAACUACUGACAUGAAGAUACAAGAUAAUGUAAAUAAACGCAGUGAUUCAAACUACGAUUCAUCAAUGGGAGAAAAUAUAAAUGAGAAAGCUAUUCAUAUUGAAAUUAAACCUAAAAAGGAUGAGAAACUUGAUCUUAAUCUUGUUUCUUCGUAUGUCAAGUCAAGAUUUACUUUUGAAGGGGAAUAUAACAUAAAAACAGUUGAAGAUUCGAUUAUAUUACUUUGUGAUUCGCUGAAAGAUUCCAAAACUAUACUUAAAAACUGUACCAAAGAUACGGUUAUUUAUGGAACAGAUGUUAUAGUUGUUGAAACAGACAACACCUUCGUAUAUGUAGAAUGGGAGUCUGAGGAAAAUAUUACCGAUUUAGAAAUAAUUUUGAUAUUUGGAGUACCAAAAGACAUAGAAAAAGGAAGUAAGAACUUCGGUAUUAAAGAGAUCUACUUUUUGAAUGAAAAGCAAGCUGUAAUAGAAUUUGAAAAAGCUAAAUUUGCUAAAAACUGCAUAGGAAAAGGAGAUAUUGAAUCAGAUGGUACCAAAUUUAAAGUAUUCACACCUGGUCGGAUAAAUCUAAUAAAAGAUUGCCUUGCAAGAACAAUACAAGUUAUAGAUUUAUCAGAUGAAAUGUCAAAGCGCAUCAAAAGCAUUCUAAAGUUAUGCUGUUCCGAAAUCGUUGCUGAGGAGUGUCUUUACAAUAUUGAAGGACAAGAAUGCUACGUUAUUCUGAGUGAUGAAAAAGAUGCUUCAUUGGUUUUGGAAAAUUAUCCAAAGGGAAAAGAAUUCACUUUUCAAAAACUAAAUUUGGAAGCUUAUUUAAAAUACUUGCUUAAGACGAGCCAGACAAACAUUCUAUCUAAAGAUGAUUCUAUUAAAAAUAAUAACAGUUCAAAUGAGACAAAUGCCUUAACAAGCAAUGGCAAUAAUACUCAGCAAAAUAAGGACACUGAUAAGGAUAAAUGUUUUGAAGAUGGAAAUAGUUCCGAUGAUAAUUGUGAGAGUAGGGAUGAUAGCAAUGAUAAGAAUAGUUAUUCUGAUUGUUACGAAAAUACUCACUCUGAAAACAGUGACACUAAUAAUAGUGAUUUUGAACAAGAAAUAGUAUUAGAUCAUUGUAAAGAUACAAAAAAUACAGUAACAUUAAUUGCUUUUCUUCAAAACGAUCAAGUACUUGAAGAAAAGAAUUAUAGAGAAAUAUUUACAAACCCUGACAAGUCUGGUGGGAGUGAACCUUUGGAUAUAAUCGUCAAAAAUUCAUACGCAACUUUAACAUACAAGUCAUUAGAAACUUCAAUGAAAGUCCUUAAACAAUGUUUUGAAGGCAUCUUUUACAACAAUAAUCGGAUAUUUGUUACUGAAGAAGAUAAUCGUUUCAUAUGCAUCAAGUGUAUAUCGGAUAAAAAAGUAUCAGAUCUCGAUUUUCAAUUAUGCUCUUCAAUUCCUAGGAAUGAGGCAGGUGAAAAUUAUGGUGUUGCAAACAAAUAUCUUCUAAAUAAAGAUUCUCGUUUAAUCGAAUAUGAAAAAUCAGAAUAUGCUAAACAAUUUAUUAAAAAUGGAUAUUUGGAAAAGAAAGAUAUAGUGUUUAAAGUAUACACACCAGGAUUUAUUAAUUUAUCUCAUGCUUUUCUAAAUCGUACACUUCAAUUACAAGAUUUAACUGAAGAUGACGCAAGUUUUGAUAAAAUUGAUGGUAUUUUGAAGAUUAAUAAUAAUGAAAUAAGAUUGAUAGAUUUUUUAUAUUAUCCAAAAAUUAAACUUGGAUUUCUAACUUUUGAGAAUCCUGAACAUGUUAAAUACUUGCUAAAGGUUAAAAGUAUAACUUUUUCCCAUGUAACUUAUAACUUUCAAGAGCUGGACUUUAAGACAUAUCUACGUUGUAAAUUUGACCAAGAUAAACAAGAGUUAGACACUCUCAGGAAAAUGAAUAAGAUUUUAUCACAUGGAAGCAUUUCGUUGCCACCCGACUUUAAAAUGAAAUCUGUUUUUAUUUAUUUUCUUAAGCAGUCAAAAAAAUGGAUGAACGAAUUAUCUAAUUAUAUGAUAGAGAAGAGUGCAAAAGUUUCGGUGGAAGAAGAUGCUAAAGAACUAACUGUUUGUUUUCACAGCAAUAAUGACACAAAUGUAGAGCUACGCAAUUGGAAUUUCAGAUCUAAAAAGAGUAUAGAUUCAUUUUUGAAUAAGAAUUUAGAAUUUCAAGAAGUCUCCAUAGGGAAGAAGUCUAAUAUAAAAUUCAACGAAUUCAAGGAUACUGACGAUAUUAUUUAUAAAUGGAAACCAUCAUGUGUUACUAUAGUAGGAACAAAAGCUUCCGUAAAGAGAGCCGUUGACCUUAUUCGCAUCAGAGCAAUGGAUACAAUAACUAUAGACUUGCAAACUGAGUUAUUUAAAGAAUAUUUAGAAAAUGCGAAGACUAUAUCAAAAUUAAAAGAGAAGCAUGAAAGAGUUACUUUUAAUAUGGCAAAAGAGUUAAAAAUAAUUGUUAAAGGCCCUGAAAACAUUCUUAAAAAUGUAAAAAUGGAAAUACUUCAAGAUAUUGUCAACACAAGUGAAGAAACUGUGAAAUUUUCUCCGAAGAUAAUAAAAAUAUGGAAGAACGAAAUUAAGUUUAAAGAAGAUGUUAAAAGCCUUAUUAAAUCAAGGUCAAAUAUUGUAGUUGUUUUCGAAUGGAUUGAUUUGAAUACGAUCAAAUUUAUUUCUAAUUCUGAAGCAGAUUUACUACUAAUUGCUAAAGAGUUAAAAACUAGUCUUCAAACAAGUUCAAUUGAUAUUGACAAUCAUAGAAGUCAAUUAUUAAAGAGCAAUGAGUGGAAAACUUUUUAUGAAAACUUGAAAAAGGAAUGUAGACAAACUUUCUAUAUAAGAACUGAGAAUAACAAAAUCAACAUAGGGGCUGUCAAAUGUAUCGAUUUCGUAAGCAGAAGGAUGAACACAUUUUUUCAAGUCAAUGAAAAGGCAAAAAUAAAGAUACAAAUAACUGACAGCGAUAUGUUUCAUCUUAAGAAUGGUCUAAAGCCAAAAUUACUGGAAUGUAUAAAAGUAGGAUGUUUUUUUGAGGAUUCUUCUAUCAUUGCAAACUGUAGGAAAUCUGAAGAGAAUGCACUUGAAACGAAGAUAAAAGCCUUUCUAAAAGAUAAUAUUUUCUCCGAGAUCAUCGAGUUUACCAGAAAGAAUGAUAUCUUUGUAUUGAAAUUUGAUAAUAUAAAAUCUAAAAUUAUCAGGAUGAUUGGUCAAUCUGAAAAAGUCUUUUUCAAAACCAUUUCAGUUCCAUCCAACGUUAAGACAAAUAUAUCAAUAUUACACAUAGUCGAAGGAAAACUAUCUGAUCAAAAUACUGAUGUUUUUUUAAAUACUAUUUCCGAAAAGUUUGACCUUAGAAUUGGAGUAGUCUCAAGAUCUCUUCUUGAAACUGCGGGCUCUAGUUUACAAGAGGAAUGCCAAAGUAAAUAUCCAAACGGAGUUGCAGCAGGCGAAGUUGCAGUAACUGGUGGACAUGAUCUUAAAUGUAAAUAUAUUCUGCACCGAACUCUUGCUAAGAAUCCACCUAACAAUAAUGAUCAGCCAAUCAUUGAAUAUCUAAAAGAUUGCCUAAACAAAGUAUCAUCACUUAGUAAUGUCAAAUCUGUAUCAAUGCCGGCUAUUGGAACAGGAAAAUUAGGCUAUAGUCCUGAGUUAGUUGCGAGAAGCAUUCAAACGAUAGCCAAUACAACAGGUGUUAAAAUUGGAUUACAGAGAAUAAAUGUUGUCAUUUACCCAGGCGAAAGCAACAUAUUAUCAUCUUUCCAAAAAGUAUUCAAGUCUGCACCAAACAAUACAGGAAAUCCAAAUAGUAUAAAUAUCCAAUGUAGCAGUCUCAGUUUAUCCAAUGUAAAAAAAGGAGUUACUGAGUUUAGGAGCAAAGUUUCGGAAUUUUAUGAAACCUCUACUAUAAAAAGUUCUUUUAAAUUGAAUUCAUCCGAGGGAAAAGAACUGGAAAAAUUAACCGAAUUUGGAGCACACAUUGAAAUUUCUGAUUCCAAAGAAAUUAUAGUUUCUGGUUUAAAGUCAGGCGUUUCCUCGUUAAAAUACAAAAUUAAAAGUAAACUAGAAAAUUUUGAAGAAAGGAGGAAAACUCAGCAACUUCGAAAAAUCGUUCAAUUUCAAUGGCAGUUUGAUAUAAAUGGAAAAUAUAAAGAUUUUGCAGAUGAUAGAAAUAUUGAAGUUGAAACACAUUAUCAAAGAUUUUUACAGCAGCCUAGUGAAGAUACAAUGACUAUUCGGUCAAGGAAAACAAAAAUGAAAUAUACUAUACACUUCCAGCAAAACGAAUCGCACUAUCAACUUGACGAAUCAAAUAAUAAAAUUAAACUAAAAAGAAUUGACAAAAGUAAGUGAGAUUUAAUUUUUAUCUCUUUAUAUUUAUGUCGUCAAAUAGAAUCGAGAAAUGAAUAUCCAAAAACUUGGAGUGAAUCUGAAAAAGAAAUGGAACGAAUGGUUGAAGUUGAUCAAAACACAACCGAAUACGCGACAGUCGUCAACCAUCUAAGCUCGGGAAGGUCAAAUUACACAAGAAUUUUAAAGGUUCAGGCUUUUCUGUUUUUAUUUAGAUUGUUAUAUAAAUGUAGAAGUUUUGAUUUUAAUUAGAUUGAAAGAGUGCAAAAUCCUACUUUAUAUAAACAAUAUCAACUGUACAAGAACAAGCUUUCUAAAGAUAUUAAUAGAGAUGCAGAAUUUUAUCCUGCUUGGCAUGGUACAGAUUCUGCAACAGUUAAAAGUAUCGUGAAAGGAAAUUUUGAUAGAAGUUUCGCUGGGAGACAUGCUGUGGCUUAUGGUCAAGGAGUUUAUUUCGCUCGGAAUGCGAGCUAUUCUUUACAAGGCUUUUCAAAGCCGGAUCAGUCGGGUAUAAGGAAAUUAAUUCUUUGUAGAAUAGUUGUUGGAAAUUAUUGCCCAGGCAAUUCUAGUAUGAAAACUCCGGGACCAAAUUACAAUUCAACAGUUGAUAACGUCAACAAUCCUUCAAUGUUCGUCGUUUAUAAUGAUAGUGCAGCAUACCCAGAAUAUGUUAUAUCUUUACAAUAAACUAUUAUGUUUAACUGUAAUAAAGGAAUGCUAUGAUCGACGAAAAUUUAAUAAAAUACAUGAUAAGAUAUUGAAGAAAUUGCGAAAACAAUUGUUUCUAUUUUAAUUAUUAUUAGUUGUAUUAGUUAGAAAACAGGCUUAGCACUGUUGACGUUCUUUUAAGAAUUAGAUAUUGAUAAUUAUGUAAUAG